CUCGAUCAUGCCGCCAUUUUCGCCAGCCCCGAUUUUUAUUUUCCCUUGGGCCCUACAUUUCGACCAAGCCUGCUCUCUUGAACACUUGCCAUUUCAAAGAUCAUAUUCGAACUCACUGCCCUCUUAGUAUCCUGUUCAGGUCUGCCGCCGCGGGCUACGCCUUCAAAAUGGCUCAGGGAACCGUCAAAAUGUCGGCAAAGUCGUCGCAGCCUACGAAAAACAAGGGCACGAUGAAGAAAGGCGCAAGGGUCUUCAAGCCCAAAAAGUCAAAUCAAUCCACCAAGGCUGACAAGAUUGUUAAAAAGUACACGUCUGGUUUGGUCGGUCAGACCGAGAAGUUGCUCGGGGAGAGGGCUGGCCACUUGGAGCUGAUCGGCAAGGGCAGAACGAAGAACAAGGACGCCGCCGGCUCCAACAAGACCGGUGGUUCCAAGAAAUUCGGCUGAGUCCUCGUCGCUGCCUGGCUGACUCGGGAAUCGCACUGAGACAGGUCAUAUUUCAGUGACCCUCUUGAGGGCAGGGCCAGCUCGCGGAGGACAUGAGGCGGGCUCUCUGGUCAAGGAACAGAAACCCGCCCAAAAAAAAAAAAAAGAAACUUCAACCAAGCGUUGCGCAUUCAUCUUGGACCCAGACACCUAUGGCCCCAGAUCCAGUCACCGAAUGUUUAGGGUUAUACGUCAUCCCUGGGUAUUAUUUUAUAUGCCUGUCUUAGGAACGCAACUAUGCUUGGCUCGCAUGGAGGUGUUCCUACCUGGGUCUCCAAAAUUCCGCUCAGCACUGGAUCAGGAACAUAUAAACAAGACUCUUUUAUCAAGCAGCCAGCACAGGCAAUUCGCCCACGGCCUUACUCAAGGGAUACAGUACGACUAGAUUGGGACCAUCUUUAAAAGGGGGGGGGGGGGGGG